GGAACGUGUUGUCUGAAAAAUCCUGACGCGAUUAAAUGUCAAAACAACAUCUCAAUAGAUUGAUAUGUCGUAGACUUUUUUUUACGCCACUGCCACUGCCAAGCAAUGCUUCCAUUCUGUUCGCUGCAACGCUGAGCGGUAGGCGGAAACUGCCAAGAUGCCGCGUAUCAAGUCGAAGUACGGGAAGCGCCUGGUUAUCUCUGCGCAGUUGCUGGCACUGCCGCUAA